CGACCACGGGCCGCCUCUGCAUGGCCCCGGCUGUGGAUAUGACCGCCGCGCCCACCGGGGUCCGCAGUGACGAAUUGCCCGCGUCCGCCUUCAGCAGUCCCGGCGGCGGCGGCGCCCUCCCCGUCGCGGCGGCGAUGGGCGGGGAGGAGGAGAGCGACAAGCCCAAGGUCUCCCCAUCCCUGCUGCCGUUCAGCGUGGAGGCGCUCAUGGCCGACCACAGGAAGCCGGGAGGCAGGGAUGGCCCCGAGGGCGCCGGGCCCCCGCCGGGCGCUGGGGCGGCCGCCCGCUCCAGCCUGAGCCCUCGGCUGGGCGCCCUGACGGCGGAGGCGCCGGGCUCUCCCCUGCCCCUGGGCGGGCACUUCUCCGUCGGGGGGCUGGUCAAACUGCCCGAAGACGCGAUCGUCAAGGCGGAAAGCCCCGAGAAGCAAGAGCGGAGCCCUUGGAUGCAAAACCCACGGUUCUCGCCGCCUCCCCCGAGGCGGCUCAGUCCUCCAGCCUGCACCCUGCGCAAGCACAAGACAAACAGGAAGCCCCGGACGCCCUUCACCACGGCACAGCUGCUGGCCCUGGAGAGGAAGUUUCGGCAGAAGCAGUACCUGUCCAUCGCCGAGCGUGCCGAGUUCUCCAGCUCGCUCAGCCUCACCGAGACCCAGGUGAAGAUCUGGUUCCAGAACCGCCGCGCCAAGGCCAAGAGGCUCCAGGAGGCCGAACUGGAAAAGCUGAAGAUGGCAGCCAAGCCCAUGCUCCCGCCCGCUGCUUUUGGCAUCUCCUUCCCGCUGGGCGGCCCGGCUGUUGCCGGUGCCUCUCUGUACGGCACCUCCAGCCCUUUCCAGCGGGCAGGGCUGCCUGUGGCUCCUGUGGGACUGUACACAGCACACGUGGGAUACAGCAUGUAUCACCUCACAUAGAGCCUGAGCCUUGCUGAGUCCAGCCCGCCGGCUGUCUGCUCCCGCUGACUACACAUGCACUCCCUCCCUGCUCUUCUCUGUGGACUUCCCCAUGGACCCCGUGGCAGAGACUCCUCCAGUCCAGCUCUGCUUGACCUCUCUGCUUUCCUCUCUGACACUGGGCCCCUGGCCCAACACUGUUCUGCACUCCUCAGCAGUCCUGGGGAGCUGGCAGAAGCCUGAAGCAUUGCCCCAGCUCCUUCCUGACCACAGGGUGUUGAUGGGCCAACCCUGCCCUGCGUCCCGGGGUCCAGCUGGCAGCCUGGAGAGAGUCCCCUGCAUGGGGUAAGGAACUGUGGAAGAGAAACGGAAAAAGGGGACUGAAAGACAGGAUGUUUCUCUUACUUUCUGCAAGGCGAGGUCAAGAGGCAGAAGGGUAGAGCAGCCUCUCCUGUCCCUGUGUAACAGCGCUGUCUGUUACCUGUCUUUGUUCCUCCGCCAGCUCCUUUGGAAGGGGCUCUGUGUACUAUGUAAUAUACUGUAUAUUUGAAAUUUUAUUAUCGUUUAUAUUAUAGCUAUAUUUGUUAAAUAAAUUAAUUUUAAGCUAC